GAUGGUAUGUCUGUGCAAAUUCAUCCUUGUUUGCAACGUCUACAACCCCCCAACCUCAGAAAUAAACUAAUCAGUAGGAAACUUCCUUCUUAUUAUGAUGUCACAAAGAAUGGAAGCAAACCCUGCAAUAAAAAAAAUGCUGCAAACUGUGCAACCAAAUCAAUCCAUCAAAAAGUGUCAGACACUCAAAAGGGAUCUUCAAUAUCUCCAGAUCAUACAGCUGCACCUCUAGUAAUGUUGUAUACCUUAGCCAGUGCAGAAAAUGGAAUAAAG